CCACCUAAGGCGUCACCAUCUGGAGGCUUUCCAGCUCUGGAUGUUGUCAUUAUCGGUGUGUUCAGAUCCACAUAGGCCCCACCCUGCUGGUUGUGGAGUGUUUCGGGAGCAGAGGGGUGCAGGAUAGACCGCGAUCUUGGUUUAACUGAACGGACUGCUUGUUGAUCUGGGCUGCAGAAACACCUCAACUCAGAUCCAGGUCGCACUUUGGUGUCACCAUGAGCUUCUUGACCGCGGCCACCACUCUGCUGUUUCUACUGGCAGGAGCUGUAGCAGCCCUUCAGAGCCCAGACACGGUGUUCCUGGAAAAGCAGCAGGCGAGCUCGCUGAUUUCCCGCCAGAAGAGGAACCAGCCUGGGUCCAACCUGGAGAAGGAGUGCAUGGAGAAACUGUGCACCUACGACGAGGCUAGAAGGUUCUUCCAAGACACGUACCGCACGGAUAUCUUCUGGUCAGUCUACGUUGAUGGAGACCAGUGUGUAAGUAACCCCUGCCAGAACGGAGCCCUGUGUUCAGACAGUGUGGGAGGCUACGACUGUGUCUGCAAGUCGGGUUUCUCAGGCAUCCACUGCGAGAAAGAUGAGACUCUGUGCAUCCUGGAAAAGGACAAGGGCUGCUCCCAGUUCUGUAAACCGGGAUACGCCUCCUAUGAGUGUUCAUGUGCGCUGGGAUGGAAGCUCAGCCGCACAGACAAAAAUAAGUGUGAGCCUGCAGUCACAUAUCCUUGCGGUAAAGUCAACGCUUUGAGUCUGAGUUCAUGGGAGGACAGAAAGCGAACCAAUGUCAACAGCAACUUUCAGGGCCUCAGCUGCACUUCCACUGAGUGUCCCUGGCAGGCCCUCCUGAGGAGUUCAGAGUCAGCAGGUUACUGUGGCGGUGUCAUUCUGAAAACCAACCUGGUCCUGACUUCAGCUCAGUGUGCCAACAAAUACAAAUACUUCCAGGUGGUUGUUGGCAAACGCACAACAAACACUGAAGAUGGAGAGCAGUCACGCGAAGUGAAAUUAAUCCACGUCCAUCCGAGCUAUGUGCAGGAUCGCCCUGAAUACGACUUGGCUGUGGUUGAACUUCGUGACCCCAUCACAUUGAAGAGAGAGGUGAUUCCUGUUUGUCUGCCAGAAAAAGAUUUUGCAGACAAUGUCCUGAUGACGGCGGGCGCGAUGGUUACCGGCUGGAAAGAAUCCCAGGACGGAUCUGCCUUUCAGGGCCCGCUCACUCUUAACCACCUGGACUAUGACUCACUUUCUAACUGUGUGGCGGCUCACCCAGAUCUGAUGACCAAUAAGAUGGGAUGCACGACUCGCCGGCCGAACGCUGACUGCAGCAUGAGCUCUGGCAGCCCCGUGGUCACCCUCCACAGGGACGUGUUCUUCCUCACUGGGGUGAUCACCAAGGCUCCAGAUGCAGACUGCACCAAAGGCUACAUCUUCCAGAAAGUAUCACGCCAUCUUGGCUGGCUUCUACCAAUCAUGGGCUCCCGUUAGAUAGACAGUGGAAUGAAUGAAAACUACAGGGUAAUGCAGGUACUGAUGAACAUUUCCAUGUGUGCUUUAGCUCAGUCUUAAUCUUACCUUUCUCUCUUUAAACCCUAUCUGUCUCCUGUUGGGAACAACCACAUAGUCUCACCCUUUAAGAUAAAUACCAUUUAUCACUGCAGACUUCCACCUUCAUCCCACGGUGGCUCUGUACUAAAACUUGACAGAGAAGCGCUUCAUUCUGUGUAUCCAUCGACUGCCACUACAGCCAACCGCAGUAAAAGAGCAGUGAAUUAUUCAGCAUGUGUUUUGUGAUGUGAACAUACCUUUUAAUAGCUUUUAAGUGAUGUUAUUUUUAUCUCUGUACUGGUUGACAUGCACCUCGUAAACACUGGUUAUCACUGUUUUAUGAAUGUAAUAAACCUCUAUACCACACUUCA